AAAAGAGAGAUUAUUGAAAAUAGGAUAUUGGACAUACAACAUAAAAGCAAAGCAAACAAGUGCUGAAAUCCCUCGCCGUCACUCCCCACCAGCAGAGACAAUUUUGCAGGGGGCGGUCCGAGUGGUUUCUGCGAAACCCUUUUGUGUUUAUCUUCGCUCGCAAGGGUUUUUGGUGAAUAGCUGGUUAUACAAGUCACGAUGGCAGAUGGGCAGGAAAAUGAUAAGAAUAUCGAAAUAUGGAAAAUAAAGAAAUUGAUUAAGGCUCUAGAAGCCGCUAAAGGAAAUGGUACCAGCAUGAUAUCCCUUAUAAUUCCCCCAGGUGAUCAAAUAGCCCGGGUCACCAAAAUGCUGGCAGAAGAGUAUGGAACAGCUUCAAAUAUUAAAAGCAGGGUAAAUCGUCAGUCAGUGCUUGGUGCAAUCACCUCUGCUCAGCAGAGGCUUAAGUUGUAUAACAAGGUCCCACCGAAUGGCCUUGUUCUCUAUACUGGUACUAUAAUGACGGAUGAUGGAAAAGAGAAAAAGGUCACCUUUGACUUUACGCCUUUUAAGGCCAUAAAUGCUUCACUCUACCUUUGUGACAAUAAAUUUCAUACUGAGCCCUUGACUCAACUCUUGGAAUCUGAUGAAAAGUUUGGGUUUAUUGUCAUGGAUGGUAAUGGGACCCUUUUUGGAACCUUAAGUGGUAAUACUAGAGAAGUGCUUCACAAGUUCUCAGUUGAUCUUCCAAAGAAACAUGGAAGAGGAGGACAAUCAGCUCUUCGAUUUGCUCGUCUUCGAAUGGAGAAGCGUCACAACUAUGUGAGGAAGACUGCAGAGCUUGCCACUCAAUUCUACAUUAAUCCUGCUACCAGUCAGCCGAAUGUAUCAGGGUUGAUCCUUGCUGGGUCUGCUGACUUUAAAACGGAGCUGAGUCAAUCUGAUAUGUUUGAUCCUCGCCUCCAGGCCAAGAUACUGAAUGUGGUAGAUGUUUCCUACGGAGGGGAAAAUGGUUUCAACCAGGCUAUUGAACUAUCUGCUGAGAUUUUGUCCAAUGUUAAGUUCAUACAAGAAAAGCGCUUAAUAGGGAAAUUCUUUGAAGAAAUCAGUCAAGAUACUGGAAAAUAUGUUUUUGCUGUGGAUGAUACAAUAAAAGCUUUGGAGAUGGGAGCUGUCGAAACAUUGAUAGUGUGGGAAAACUUGGAUAUAAAUCGUUUUACACUAAAAAAUAGUGUGACCAAUGAGAUUGUCAUUAAAUACUUAAACAAGGAGCAAGAGCAUGACCAGAGCAACUUCAAGGAUUCUGCAACGUCUGGAGAACUGGAGGUUCAAGACAAAAUGCCCCUACUGGAGUGGUUUGCAAAUGAAUAUAGAAACUUUGGCUGUUCGCUCGAGUUUGUGACAAAUCGGUCCCAGGAAGGAUCACAGUUCUGCCGAGGAUUUGGUGGCAUUGGUGGAAUUCUUCGUUACCAGCUUGACAUUCGAUCCUUUGAUGAGCCAUCUGAUGAAGGAGAAUUUUAUGAGUCAGACUAAGAUGAGCCCAUACUCCCUGCUUCUAUCAAAUGGAAUGAUUUCAAAAAAACCCUGACUGCUUGUAAGUCAUUGUGGCUCAGUGCCUUCUUUUUGUGUUUGUACUUGUUAUUUUCCCUUGUUGGCUUCCAAUUACCUGUUUUGGAUUUCAAUCUUUGCCUUAAUCUUCAUCCGUCAGAAAAGUAAGUGUCGAAUCUUGCUAGUACUAUGAGCCUGAUUGUGUCUGACAUUGCAGCUACCUUUUGGUUUAAAUCAGGAACACUUAUUAUA